AUGGAUAUCCUUCAACAAUUAUAUCUCCCUUUACUUCAUAAAAGUGUUUUGUUGAAUGUUAUUUAUGAUAUUGUAGUUAUUGUUGUUUUUGUUAUAAUAUCUAUUGUUUGUGUUUUUGUUACUCCACACCAUAUGGAUAUUCCAAAAGACCGAGAAAAUGUGAAUGUUUUAUAUCCAUUAUAUAGUUCUUCAGUACCAACAUGGGCAUGCAUUAUUAUUGGAUAUAUUCCACCUGUUUUGACUAUUCUUUUAAUAACCAUAAAGAAAAAGUCAUCACUAUUUCUUUUAUUUUCAUUACUUUCAUUAGGUCUUUCUGCUUCUAUGUGUCUUGGUGUAACAAACAUGGGCAAAAUUUUUGCUGGUCGUCCUCGUCCUCAUUUUUAUGCAAGGAUUGAUGCUAAGCCAAAUGAAAUUAAUGACGCUUAUAUGAGUUUCCCUUCUGGACAUUCAUCAGCUAUUUUUAAUGGAAUGACUUUCUUAGCACUUCUUAUUGCUGGUCAAAUUCAUGCUUUUAGUAUUGCUAGUCAUGAAUCUUGGAGAAUGCUAAUUGUCCUUUUACCAUUUAUUAUUGCUGGUACUGUUGCAAUAAGUAGAACCCGUGAUUAUCAUCAUAAUUUUAGUGAUAUUAUUGCAGGUUCUUUAAUUGGUAUUUUCUUCGCUCUUUUGGCAUAUUGCUCUAAAUUUAAAAGAUUGUCAGAUGAACACUCUGAUGAUUUGAAGAUUGAAGAUGUUGUGAAAGGUCAAGAGUCUAUCACUCUUGAGGAUGAAGAAAAUCAAUAA